AUGCUUAGACUUGGAUUGUCCCGUUCCCUUAGGGUAUCGACAUUGAAGGGUUCAUGUCAGAAUAUCCGUCCCGCAACAUUUGUUCUUCGUUCCUCAACAUUACCAAUUUCAUCAAUCAGAUUCAACUCCUCAUCUUCUUCAGCGACAACAGCAGCUGUUGAAAUUUCAGACAAAUUAACUUCUUUUGAUGAUUCUAGUGCUGUUUCUGGAAUUGCUGAACAUGUCACAAAUUUACAUUCAGAUCAGUUGGGUUAUUUACAAUCGAUCGGCUUAGCACAAGGAUGGGGUCCAACUUCAAUAAUUGAAAGAUUAUUGGAAUUCACUCAUGUAUAUACUGGAUUACCAUGGUGGGGUACUAUUAUAACCGCUGCUGUGGCUAUUAGAAUUUUUAUAUUCCCAUUAUACGUAAAAGCUUCUGCUAAUGCCACCAAGAUGUCCAAGAUUAAACCUGAAAUGGAAGCUAUUAUGGAUGAAAUCAAAGCUGGUGGACAAGCCGAACAAAUGAAAGCUAUGGAAAAGAGAAGAAAAUUGAUGAAGAAGCAUGACGUUUCUAUGCUUGCAUCAGUUUACCCACUUGUACAAAUUCCAUUUGCUUAUGGGUUCUUCCAAGCUUUAAGAAAAAUGGCUAAUGCUAAUGUUGAAGGAUUCAGUGAUCAAGGUUAUGCAUGGUUCCAAAAUUUGAUUGAAGUUGAUCCAUAUUUGGGAUUACAUGCUAUUUCAUGUCUUGCAAUUAUGAGCAUUGUUAGAAUGGGUGGUGAAACCGGUCAAGCAACUAUGGCUAAAGGCAUGCAAAAAUUAAUGUAUGUCUUACCAUUGGCUUCCAUUGUUAUUACCAAAAAUUUUGCUGCAUGUGUUAUGGUUUAUUUCGCUGCCAAUUCAGUGUUGUCUUUGAUUCAAAGUUUGAUCUUCAAGAGUAGCUUUUUCAGAAAAGCUCUUGGAAUGCCACCAAAAUUGACCAUUCAACAACUUCAAGCUAAUAAUCCAAAAGCCAACCAAUCUGUUAAAGAAAUGAUUGGAAAGUAUAUCGAUGACAGUAAACAAAAGGCCUUAAAACAAACUGCUGAAACAAACAGAAAACUUGAAAUCACUAAAAAGAGAAAGGAAAGUGUUUCUUCUGGUUUCAUCAAGAGACAUUAA